AUGGCUGCUGCACAAGGCGAUACACCAACUGCUCCAGCCGCGCCAUCCCAGAGCAAAUCCGUCGUGGCGCAUCUGCAAGACUGGGGAUCAUCUUCCCUCCCCCCGGCCCUCCUGGCAACCCUCGUCACAGCCCUCCACGCGCGUCCACUCCAGAAGCUGCCCCUGUUCCUCUUCACACCUCCUCUGCUCUUCUCGUCGUACCUCAACCUGUCGGGAUACCCGACUGGCAGCGCCGGCCUCACAGCCGCCUGGUCGGGCCUGUAUGCGCUGCUCGCGCUGCGGAGGCGCCAGCCCCUGAGGAGCAAGUUUUCUGCGAGGGGCCUGGUGAGAGGAACGGCGAUUGGGCUCGGGGCCGCCAACGCCGUUGCCGGCGGAUGGGUCUACUUUGGCGGCGACUUUGCAAAGGACGAGGAGGAGAGGACGAGGAGGAAUAGAUGGGCGCCCAAGGACGACUAG